AUGGCAUACCUUUUGUUAGGAGAUGCUUAUGAACUGAACAAUCAGUUUGAAACGGCAAUUAAAUACUAUGAGCAAGCCUUGGAAAUUGCAAAAGAGCGAAAAGAUCAAGAUCAGGAGACAAUGGCAUACCUUGGGUUAGGAGUUGUUUAUAGAAGGAAGAAUCAGUUUGAAACGGCAAUUAAAUACUAUGAGCAAGCCUUGGAAAUUGCAAAAGAAAGAAAAUACCAAAAUCAGGAGACAACGGCGUACCUUGAGUUAGGAGUUGUUUAUAGAAGGAAGAAUCAGUUUGAAACGGCAAUUAAAUACUAUGAGCAAGCCUUGAAAUUGCAAAACAAGAAAACAAACAGGAGAACGCAUACUUGGUUAGGAUUAUGAGAAAAAGUUUGAAACGGCAAUUAAAUACGAGCAAGCGUUAAAAAUUGCAAAACAAGGAAUAGAAGACCAGGAGCUAAGCGCAUACUUUGGGUUAGGAAAAACUUAUGGAGAAAGUUUGAAACGGCAAUUAAAUACUAAGCCUUGGAAAUUGCAAAAGAACGAAAAGAUCGAGAUCAGGAGACAACGGCAUAUCUUUGCUUAGGAAAUGCUUAUGGAGUAAAUAAUCAGUUUCAAACGGUAAUUAAAUACUUUGAGAAAGCCUUGGAAAUUGCAAAAGAACAAAAAGAUCAAUACCAGGAGACAAGGGCAUACUUUGGGUUAGGAAAAGCUUAUAGAUUCAACAAUCAAUUUCAAACGGCAAUUAAAUACUACGAGGAAGCCUUGGAAAUUGCAAAAGAACGAAAGGAUCAAUAUCAGGAGACAAGGGCAUACUUUGGGUUAGGAAAAGCUUAUAGAUUCAACAAUCAAUUUCAAACGGCAAUUAAAUAUUACGAGGAAGCCUUGGAAAUUGCAAAAGAACGAAAGGAUCAAUAUCAGGAGACAAGGGCAUACUUUGGGUUAGGAAAAGCUUAUAGAUUCAACAAUCAAUUUCAAACGGCAAUUAAAUAUUACGAGGAAGCCUUGGAAAUUGCAAAAGAACGAAAGGAUCAAUAUCAGGAGACAAGGGCAUACUUUGGGUUAGGAAAAGCUUAUAGAUUCAACAAUCAAUUUCAAACGGCAAUUAAAUACUACAAGCAAGCCUUGGAAAUUGCAAAAGAACGAAAGGAUCAAUAUCAGGAGACAAGGGCAUACUUUGGGUUAGGAAAAGCUUAUAGAUUCAACAAUCAAUUUCAAACGGCAAUUAAAUACUACGAGCAAGCCUUGGAAAUUGCAAAAGAACGAAAAGAUCAACAUCAGGAGAAAACGGCAUACCUUGGGUUAGAAGUUGUUUAUAGAUUGAACAAUCAGUUUCAAACGGCAAUUAAAUGCCAUAAGCAAGCCUUAGAAAUUGCAAAGGAGCUAGAAAAUAAACAAAAAGGAAAUAUUUCGAGGAAUGCAAUUGAAGAAUUGUCAAGAAUUGCAGGUAUGUGACUGUGAGGUAUAAGCAUCUCCUGGUUCGUUAGCCCAUGGUUAUGUACAAAAAUUAAAUGUUCAAAUUUCUUGCAAAUUAGCGAAAAUGUGUUCGGUUCAAGUGAAAACUUGAGAUUAUCUUAAACUUAGUAAGAAUUAUUAGAGAAGUCCUAAGGGGUAACUCUUCCCUGGAACAGGGGUUUCCUGUUUCGCUAAAGCUGUAGCUUGCACUCAGACGGUGCUGGCCAAGCUUGAGUACCCUACCCUGGGUUCAGAGGUUUUCUGGCCUGACACCAAAAAACCUCUGAACCCAAAGUAGGGUAACUCAGCAUAUAAUCCCAAAGUUAAGCCCAAGUUUAGCAAACCGUCGAAUGCAGCUGCCCAUGGACAUCUUGAGUAACAAAUUUUCACUUUUUGUAUGUAUUUAUAGCUUCGCUAAAUAUAACAAUUUUAAUACACGCAAACAAGCCUUUCCUUGUUUUGACGUUCAAAAUCGCGGGAAUGUUAAAAUAACUGUAAUUUUAUUGUUUAGAUUUAGAUGCAGUCAAUGAUGAUUACAAUACUAAUAGCAUUCAAAACUGUAAUUCAUCAGACGACGUUCAACUUCAUGAUGAAAAUCUUGAUAAUGUGGAACAAACAGACAUUGAAAACAGAAGUAUCACUAAUCCUAGAAUUGCGUCUGCAGAACAGUUGUUAAUCUUGGGACGUUCUUACCAAACAGAAGGUCGAAGUGAGGAGGCCAUCAAAAGCUACGAUCAAGCAGUUCUAAUUGCGGAUGAAACAGAUCACAAUAAUAUCAAAGCGAAAGCUUAUCAAUUGUUGGGAAAUGUAUUUACUGGAACGUCCGAAUACUGGAAUGCAAUCGAGUAUUAUCAGAAGUCACGACAAAUAUAUGCAGGCCUCGAAGCAGAUGAGAUGGAAGUAAUAGCAUAUCAAUGGUUAGGUUACAACCACCUGCAAGCUGGUCAGUACCAAGAAUCAAUAGAGUAUUACAACGAAGUCGUAAAACUUUCCUCACAGCUUGGGUGCAAAACGAGAGCGGUCAAUGCUAGCAUAGGGUUGGGAAGUGCGUUCAGUUAUAUUGGCGACUUCGAAUCCUCAGAAAAGUAUUUCUUAAAAGCCAUCACAGUGGCAAAAGAGCUGAAUCACAAAGGUCUUGAAAAAGAAGCUUAUACAAACUUAGGACAUGUACAAUACAAGAGUUGUAAGUUUAAUGCAGCUGUCAAAUCGUAUCUCAAAGCUGAAGAAAUUUCUAUUGAUUUUGGUGAUAAAAAAGACGAAGCCAACGCAUGUCUCAUGCUCGGCCACGCCUUUCGACAAUUAAAGAAACACAAGAAAGCCAUUAAAUCGUACCAAAAAGCACUAAGCAUUGACAAAGAAACGAAGGAGAAAGUUCUGGAGGGAAUUAUCGAUGAAUGGUGCGGCUACUGUUGCCUUUUUAUCGCUGGUCAACGUCAAGAAGCAAUACCAUUUUACGAGAACGCGAAAGAGAUUGCCAAACAAGUUGGAGAAAAAUAUCAAGAAUAUCGCACAAACCAAGCGAUCGGAAAUAUCUUCUGCAACAUUGGUAAUUAUAAGAAGGCGAAGGAAUAUUACCAAGAAGCUUUGACAGUUGCUGUGGAACUUGGUGAUAGACAUUGUGAAGGAACAUCAUGUUUAAAUUUGGCAACAGUUUGCGGGAAAGAUUGUGAUUACGAGAUGGCGAUAGAAUGGUAUGAAAAGGCACUGUAUAUUGUUAGAACAGAGGUUAAUGAUGAUAUUCUGAAAGAAAGGCUUCUAACAGGGUUGGGAAUUGCCUGGUUCAAUCUUGGAGAUACUAAAAAGGCAAUUGAGGAGAUUCAAGAAGCUCAAACGUUGGCUAAAGGUAGUGAAACAGGUAUUUAUUUAGCCCGCGUGCACCUUGGACCUGCACGCGGGCUAGGUAUUUAUUUUUGACGAUUAAUAUAAAAAUAUAAAUGCUUUUUAUGUAGUAGUCAUAUGACUGACUUCAAUUUUCCUUGGCAAAUAUUGUAUACGGUAUAUUUUUGCAUGUUUUAAAAUUUUGAAAAUUGUACUUUGAUUCUCAUCUUAUAGAUGAACCAAUCGAACUUACGCACCAGCACAAAAAGUCUACAAAGAAAAUGUUGUCCUCACCAACACCGGGUAAAUGUGACUAUACUUGGUAAAUUCGAAAACUAACUACCACAACUUUGCAUUAUUUUAUGCAUUACUAGGAUAAUAAACGAUUUUUCAACAGCGACUGUUAUUGAAGCGAAAUUAUAGACCUUUGAAAUGUGCAAAACGAAGCUGAACGGUUUACCAGUCAUUUGUCCACUCGCUAAUCUGCUUAUUAGCAAAUUAAUCCAAAAAUCAGAGUAGCCAGCGAAAAGAGGACUGAAAAUCUUUCGUGUUGAUUUGUCUGAUAAUCAUUACUUACACCUGUAUUUUAAAAGCUCACUCACACUCAAUGAGUGGAGAUUCAGUCUGAGCUUCCCUUGAGAGUAGUCGCAUAGUAAGGUAUAUGACACUAGCCCUUCAGCUAAAAAACAGCAUUGACACUCGAGAGAAGCUCAGAUUGAACUUCCACUCAUGGAGUGUGAGUGAGCUUUUAGAAUACGGGCGUUAAUAAUAAUGUUUCUUUCUAUAAUAUAGAUUCUCGUACAGGACGAGAAACGAAAGCAUUCGAAGAAACAUUUCAAGAAGGUGAGCCACUUACACGUAGAUUUAUACUAACAACUUUGCAUAACUAUGUGUAGGAACGAAUCAACGAUAUAUCUUAUUAUUUGAAUUAAGUUCAAAUUUUAAUCUUUUUAGUAAAAUCGGUAAACUCGGUGAUUGUAGAAGCAUGUUACCCAAGCAGAACUAAAAGUUUAGCAAACGAAGACUUGGUUCGUCUUGAAGAAUAUAUAAAAGAAUUUCCCGCUAAGUAUGUAUAUACUCAUCAUGCCUCGAGUAAGCAACCUUUAACCGAAAAAGUUCGUAAAUCGAUGACAGCAAAUGUUAAAUCGUCAGCGUACGAAAACCUGUUGAAUCCACGGAAUAAAAAUAAAUUUGAAAGAAAUGACGGAAAGUUUGUAGAUACCGACACACAAAUUUUCAACUUUGCAAGAGAUGAGGUAUUCAAAAAUAUUUCAACUACAAAGCCUGCGAUACUUCAUGAACAUUUGGCAUCUUACAUGAAAUCUAUCGGUCAAAUUUCGUGUGGAAGAAUUCGAGGAACAUGUUGGCUUGUGAAUGACACGCUGGUGAUAACUAAUCUCCAUGUUUACAUGAUGAUCAAUCAGGAAAGAGAUGAGCUUCAAAAUUUGAACUUGCCCAUCACAGUUACAUUCGAUUAUUUCUACUCUGCACAAACAGAACAUUUUGUUAUUGUCCAAGUUGAUGAAGGACGUGAUCCUCAACUUGAGAGUCUCCACCUGGAUUACAAAUUUUUGUGUUUGAGAGAAAACGAAGGUCUUAAGGACCGCGUUCGUCUUGGUACAAUCGUCAGAAGUCGUCCAUUACACGAAGGUCUCGUCAUUAUCGUUGGUCAUCAUCCACCAGGAAGCAAAAUGCAAGAAGAAACAUGCGUUGUUGUUAGAAAUCACUUGUGGCGUGAGAGACUCCAGCAAAGGCAUGCAAUUUGUGCUGGUGUGCAUAUGACAACUCCAGAAAUUCUGGAAUCUAAUGAAAGAUUUCGGGAAUGCCUUCCAUACGACACAAGUCUAUUUUCUGGUGCUAGUGGUUCUCCUGUUUUUGAUCUGAAUGGAAACAUCGUUGCGAUGCACACGCAGGGUUAUACACUAGAUGUUCAGGAAAGAAAGUGCUCCUUGAUGGAAUUUGGUGUUCAGUUUAAUGCGAUUUGUGAAGACAUGAGACAACGGUAUAAUGUUGUUGAACAAUUAUUCCCGAACUAUAAUGAAGAAAAUAUGGAAUAGACAAUUUUUAAAUUAUGACUGAUUAAAAUCAGUAUAAAUAUGUCCAUGGAAAAGUUUUGAGUGCAAAGAAAACGAACAGUGAUCGUUCAAAAUUGCGCUUAAACCUGCGCAUGCAUGAUCAUUCAUGAUGACAACUAGCAACUGAAGCAUAUAGGGAGACUAUGGCAUAGGGAAUUAAGCGUUGCUCACUUGCUCCAUGUCGGCAUGAUGGGAGUUGGACACGAUUUUGAUUCAGUAAUAAUCAUACUACUAAAUUAUUAAUGAUGGGAUUUAUUCAUAUAUGCUGGUAAUAUUAUGGCGUAGCUGAUGUACUGUAGUCGUAAGAAAGCCUCAUAAAGUGCUAAAGCGCAUGUUAAAGAGGCAAUUUUUUGUCCGACGUGCAUGCAAUACAAUUUCGGAUACAGAGCCAAAGAUAUUGGACAAAAAAUGUCGGCCGAGUAAAGUGUGGGUCACGCUUUGAAUCUCCUUUGAAUCUCCUACUUUUUAGAUAACUUGCCUCUAUGUCAGAAAUAGACCCUUCCGGAAAGCACCAGACUUGCCACUAGUCCACUUCAGAAUUUUCCCCUUGUUUUAUUGGGAAAUUGAAGAUGAGAUGAUGAACCGCGAAAAAUGACUAAAAUGACGUCUUUGAAAAAGACUUUGCGAAAACAGAAAAGUACUUAGCCUUCGCUUCAGAGCCUUGUUUCCAGGAUUGGGAUAUCGGCUUUAGUGUCCUUUAUCUUGUUACUGAUGACCUAAUUACUAUAAAAGUGUUUUAUGUGUACUACUUUCAACAUGAGCUGCCGUGUUGUAUCGGAAAUACAACGUGAGCGUUACAAAUGGCUUGUGAAAUGUCUUGAUGAAAACAUUCGUAUUCUUUAACAAUUUAAAAUAAAUGAAUGAUAUUU